AUGAGAAUUUCAUACAAUUUUUUUUUUAAUAAGAAGCCCAUAAACAAAAAAGAAGAAGAAUAAAAAUAAAAAGAGGCCAAUAAAAAUCCUUCAUAAUGGGAUAAUUUAGGUUUUUUAAUAGAAGAAUUAAGAGAAAAAAAUAAGCAUAAAAAUCUAUUAUUACCCCCUUAAGACCCCAAAUAUUAAGGAAAACUAACUUUAGUAAUAGAAUUAGAUGAUAUUCUUGUGCAUACAUUUUAACCAGACGAGCAUGAAGCAUAUUUAAAUGCCCCUUUAAGGUAUUUUUUAUAAAAAAUAAGAAUAAAUAAUAAAAAAAAAAGAGAUCAUGAUUUUUAUUUCGAAUUAAAAGAAUAUGAUACAUAUGUAAGCGUAUAUAAAAGACCUUAUUUAGAUGAUUUUUUGAAAUAUAUAAGAGAAAAUCAUGAAGCGAUAUUAUUUACGAGAGGCGUUAAAGAAUAUUGUAGUAAAGUUUUAGAAUUAAUAGACCCGGAAAAGAGUUUCGCACAUAUACUUACAAAUGAAGAUUGCGAUAGAGUUAUUUACGAACCGGAAGAUAUGGAUGAAUAUGUAAAAGAUUUAUAAAGACUUGGUAGAGAUAUGAAAAAAGUCGUUUAUAUAGAUAAUUAACCAAUCAAUUUUUGGACAGCUCCUGAUAAUGCUUUUCCGAUUCCUCCUUAUUUUGGAGAAUUAAAUAAUGAUGAUUAAUCUUUUAAAGAAAUAUAAGAAAGUUUAAAUUAUUUAAGUAGUUUAGAUGAUGUAAGAGAAUAUUUAUAAGAAGAAUUUUAAAUUAAAGAAAUAUUAAAAUCUUCAAGAUUUUUAUGA